AUGUCCGGACCUGUUCCGGCAAACUUUGAUGCGGAAAAUGCAGACAAUCUGGAGGAUAUUGAGAAGCAGUUUGCGGUCAAAGCGGUGCAGCAUCUAGAGACAUACUGGUCUAUUCUGGAAAAGGUAAAAGGUUCUUCGUUGCGACUCACCAAGAUGGACGAUGAUAUAUAUGCCCACCUCAAAGCCGAAUUUCCCGAAUUCGAUCCCGCAGCCACCAUUAACGAGGAAGAGAUGAAGAGUAAGUCGGGCAAGGAGCGGUGGCGCAAGUUCAUGAUGGCCUACGACAAGAAGGUCGAUGACUACAACUUUGGCACCAUGUUACGAACGAGCCCUAGCGUAGAAUACGAGAAGGACACGACCAUAUUUGUCCCGAGGAUGCAAUUCUACGCCAUCGAGAUAGCAAGGAAUAGGGCCGGCCUUAACGACUGGAUCUACGAGAAGGCUAAUGGCGCGUGUAAGGCCUAA